CGAUAUUUUAACCUUAUCGAUAUAUCGUUGACAUCCCUACCCACGACCCACGAGCUAUAGUACUGACGCUUUAACCCACUAGGCCGCAGACCUGAUAUACAUUUUUUAUGAUUCUUAAUGUAUAUAGCUGUAUGAUUAUUAUUGUACACAUCUCUAAGUAAUAACUGAUUGAAAUAUUUAUGUACCAAGGUCUUAUGUUACAUUUAAGAAUAAUAUACUUGUACAAUUACAUUCGUCUCGUGUGCCCCGACAGAGCCUUAAUAAUUGUUAACAAUAACAUUCUUCAACAAGGGUUGAGACUACACAUGUUACCACCUUUGUAUAUUUUAUACAGGAAUGAAACGUCUUGUGUGGGUCUGAUAAACCAUAACCAUUGUUAACGAUAACAUUCUUCAACAAGGGUUGAGACUGUAUACUCCCUUUGUAUAUUUUAAACCUUACAUUUCGUUAGCCAUAACGUUCUAUAGUGAGGCAUGUAUUGGACAUACCCUAUCUAUUGUUAACAUUCUUCAACAAGACUGAACAUGUAUACCCCUUUGUAUAUUUUUAAACCUUUUAUAUUAACCCACCUGCACCUUUUACGGCAGGUGUUGUUAUUCAAGCUGUUGUGAUUGAGGAAUUUACUUCCACCUAAUAAUGAUACCCCCACCGAAUAAUGACUCAGAUCGUCAGACGCUUGACCCUGCAAGAACGGACAUUUAUUCAGUGUGUUCAGAGUCUUAUGCUAUACUACACGUACAUUUUUAUUUCUUGUCAGUGUUUUUUCAAGUCUUAAUAAAUUUCCAGUGUUUAUUUUUAUAAGUUUUUAAUAUUUAUCCAUAGCAUGGCCGGUUCAAUCUCAGAUAAUAUUGAAGUAUACAAGAAAAAAUCAUUCGCAUAUGUACCUCAGGCUACACCUUCAGAUCUACUUGAAUCUAAGAGCAUUACAAUAGAUUUCGUGGCAAGAAAAUUUAUACACAUCGGUCUUGAUCCUACUUCAAAAGACUGUGAAGUCAUUAUACGUAUAAUAACUCCAUCCCGGUAUGUGCAUAUAACGUAUUAUACUUUAAAACGUAUAUUUUCACUGAUGGGAAAUAUCCUCUCAUUUAUAUUAAAUAUUCCGGAAAAAUAUAAACGAACAAUAUUUUACGAAACGGAGACCGAAAAAAUAUCAAGUAUGGUUUACGGGGGAGAAAAUGUUCUGGUAGUCGAGACUAAAAAUCAAGAAGGUUGCAGAGUACUUCUAAGUCGCUCAGAUCUUAUUUGUCUACAACAUUUGGAAGGAUCAAUUUUUGAAAUUAUUCACCGGACGACGUCAAAUAGCCAUAUAUUGUUUACAAAACAAGUGAGAGGGUAUGUAAAGUACUUGGAACAAAAGUUUACUCAGAUGCAUUCACCUCCGGUAAAUGAAGAAGAAAUUAUACUAUUCAUAAAGAAGAACACAGACUACCAGAUCGUACAAUCGGAGCCAGUCAUGACUCGGCAAAUUCAGUUAUUCGCUGCUGCGCAUGUAGCUGGUCGUUUGAUAGAACGAAAGGCUCGAAACGCUCCUUUGGUAAUUAUAAAAUAUAUUAUUAUUAUUAUUAUUAUAUUUAAAUAUACUAAUUACAAUUUUUAUUUUUAGUUAUUUGACGGAGAACACGCUAUGGACUCCCCGGUAUCUCCAAGUUAUUCACCAUUAUCUACUCAUCAUGCGGAAAAUAAUUUUGUAGAUAAGGUAAUUUAUUAAAUAUUUUUUAAAAUUAAAAACAAUAUUACUUUAA